CACCCGCACCCCCCUCCAAGCAGGACCACCCCCGCAUACACACACACACACACACACACACACACACGCACACGCACGCUCACAGCCCCGCACGCCCCUCCGAGCAGGACCAUGGCGCUGCGGGCCCGCGCGCUGUACGACUUCAGGUCGGAGAACCCCGGCGAGAUCUCGCUGCGGGAGCACGAGGUGCUGAGCCUGUGCAGCGAGCAGGACAUCGAGGGCUGGCUGGAGGGCGUCAACAGCCGCGGCGACCGCGGGCUCUUCCCGGCCUCCUACGUGCAGGUGCUGCGCGCCCCGGCAGCCGAGCCGCCGCCGCCCGCCCGCUACGCCAACCUGCCCGCCGGCGGCUUCGAGCCCUGCCCGCCGCCCGCUGCCGAGCCCUGCCCGCCGCCCUUCGCCUACCCGCCCGGACAGGGCAGCGACGACGACUGGGACGACGACUGGGACGACAGCUCCACCGUGGCCGACGAGCCCGGCGCCCUGGGCGGCUCCUACCCCGACUACGAGGCGGCGGGCGGCGGCCCCGGGCGCUACCGCGUAUCCACCCGCUCCGAGCUGUCGCUGGGCUCCCGCGGCGGCGCCCGCCCGCCCGGCCACCCGCACCCGCCCGGCGGCGGCGCCAAGAGCUCGGCCACCGUCAGCCGCAACCUCAACCGCUUCUCCACCUUCGUCAAGUCCGGCGGGGAGGCCUUCGUGCUGGGCGAGGCGUCGGGCUUCGUGAAGGACGGGGACAAGCUGUGCGUGGUGCUGGGCCCGCGGGGCCCCCAGUGGCAGGAGAACCCCUACCCCUUCCAGUGCUCCAUCGAGGACCCCACCAAGCAGACCAAGUUCAAGGGUAUGAAGAGCUACAUCGCCUACAAGCUGGUGCCCAGCCACACCGGGCAGCAGGUGCACCGCCGCUACAAGCACUUCGACUGGCUCUACGGGCGCCUGGCCGAGAAGUUCCCUGUCAUCUCCGUGCCCCACUUGCCGGAGAAGCAGGCCACCGGCCGCUUUGAGGAGGACUUCAUCUCCAAGCGUCGCAAAGGCCUGGCCUGGUGGAUGGACCACAUGUGCAGCCACCCCGUGCUGGCUCAGUGCGAUGCCUUCCAGCACUUCCUCACCUGUCCCAGCACGGAUGAGAAGGCCUGGAAACAAGGCAAGCGCAAGGCUGAGAAGGAUGAGAUGGUGGGUGCCAACUUCUUCCUGACCAUCAGUGUCCCCGUGGGCCCUGGGGCCAGCCUGGACUUGCAGGAGGUGGAAAGCCAGGUAGAUGGCUUCAAAACUUUCACGAAGAAGAUGGACGAGAGUGCCCUGCAGCUUAAUCACACGGCCAAUGAGUUCGCCCGCAAACAAGUCACUGGUUUCAAGAAGGAAUACCAGAAGGUGGGGCACUCCUUCAAGUGCCUCAGUCAGGCAUUUGAGCUGGAUCAGCAGACCUUUUCGGCUGGCCUCAACCAAGCCAUAGCCUUCACUGCAGAAGCCUAUGAUGCCAUCGGGGACCUCUUCGCAGAUCAGCCACGGCAGGACCUUGAUCCUGUGAUGGAUUUGCUAGCGCUGUAUCAGGGGCAUCUGGCCAACUUUCCAGACAUCAUCCAUGUCCAGAAAGGAGCCCUUACCAAAGUAAAGGAGAGUAAGCGGCAUGUGGAAGAGGGGAAGAUGGAGCUCCAGAAAGCUGAGGGCAUUCAAGAACGCUGUAACAUUAUUUCUUUUGCGACCCUAGCAGAAAUUAAUCAUUUCCACAAAAUCCGUGUGAGGGACUUCAAAUCACAGAUGCAGCAUUUCUUGCAACAGCAAAUAAUCUUUUUUCAAAAAGUGACACAAAAACUAGAAGAAGCUCUUCAUAAAUAUGAUAGUGUUUAACCUCUGAACUCUGGUUUGUGUGCAUCCCUCAGCAUGAACGUGACCCAGGUGGCAGAGCAAAUGCUGCUGCUGCUGAAGAACUGUUGCCAGUGGUAGAGGGUGGUACAAGGAUGGUUUUGUGUUCACCUGGAACCUGGGUUUAAUCUCCAAUUAUGUAGAAAGGAAACAGUUAUAGGGCUUUGUAGUAGAAACAGUACCACGCAUUGUAACUAAGUUAUACUGUGUAUGCCUACACUACCAUUGUAACUUUUUUGAAAUAACGAGUAUACUAUUUGCCUUAUUGCUUUUUGAAAUAUAGUAUUUUAGUGCAUACUUUGUAGACCUCAAAACCCUUUGGGUCUUUAAGGAAGCUGGCUAGAUAAAAGCCUGCUUCAGAUGCCUUUUUACUUUCCUAGAUUUGGAUUUCCUAAAUUCAAAUGAUUCUCUGUUUACAGACUCCUACUAGAGCAGCUAUGUGAUUCUGUGCCUUUAGACUCUAUUUUUCCUUCUCUAGUAAGUCACAUUUUUAUGAUUGAAUGAAUGAAGGGUUGAUGCCUCUGACAGGAACUGAUUAUGAAACCUCACAUUGACUGGAAAAAAAUCAGCUGCCAUCCAGUUUGCACAGCAAGUACUGUCUUGCAACAAAUGUUGGCUCGAAAAGGAGAACUUAGAUCUAUUCACACUUUCCCUGAAAAUGGAGACUACUUGUUACACGUACUACGAUGUUAAGCACAAAUACAAAUUAAUUCCCUUCCAAAACAAAUGAUACAUUAAGGGUUGGUUUUUUUAGUACACAGCAUUACUGUGAGUGGAAAUUUGAAGAGCUAGCUUAAUAAAAAUUAUAUAUAUCAAGGGGAUAUGAAUGCAAACUGUGUGGCUGGAACAUUUUUCUAUGUUACAAAUGAUCUGGUCAGUGUUAAUUGCUCAUUCAGUUUAACUUCAAACUUGCAUCUACAUUGCCAGUUGUUUGAGUUGAAACUCCACUGUGAUAUUAGUUUACUAAGUUAAGAAUUUUUGGGGAUGUUCAGUAAUAUAAAUGAUCCGAAAUAAGUCUUGUCUGAACUGACUUGGAAAACAAGUGGCAUUUUUAUGUUUGUAACACUCAACAAUUAACAAAUGUCUUAAUUUUUUGUAUAUGUAUUUUUGACAAGCAAGGUGCAUUUAUAUAUACGUAAACACUAUCUUUUAAAGAGUUUUCUGACUUGUUUCCCUUCAAUUAAGUCUGAAGUCUGUGUUCCUUUCCUAUGGUUUCCUUCUUACAGAUCAGUAUGAAAAAGGGGUUUUAUUUAUCCUAUCUUUUUUCUCCUAAACAAAAAUAACAAAACCUUCCAAGAAAGCAAAAUGUUUACUUUUUAUUUUUAAUUAAGUUAAUCAAAGACAGCUUAAACAAAUGAAAGCCUGGAAAAGGAAGUUAAGCAAUGGUUAUAUUUAAGUACAAAUCAUUUCCCACCUAUGCAGCAGAAAUGUGCAGUUCUUUCGUUCAUUCCUGUGAGUUUCUGUAGCUUAAUCCCACACCUCUGUUUUAGAGGAAUAAAUGUAAGAAUGUACUUUUUGUUUUUCAAAUGCUUGAAGAUGGCUGGUUUUCACAAAUUGUGUUUGUCCAUGCUUCUAGUACAUACCCAAAGAAGUAAAAUACGGAAUCAUGAAAAUUUAAAAAAACAAUGUUUGUAAAAGACAAUCAGUGAGAAAAGACUCAGUUUCCAGGCUAUUAGAAGAGUGUUGCAAGUAACAAGGUUGACCAUAAAAUAAGGACCAUUGUCAUAGGGCUGACUUGCUCUUUGCCUUCCUAAUGGCAUCUCAUUCUAUAUUCAAAGCUUACUAUUUCCCCUAAUGGCUCUUCCCAGCAGUACUCCAGCUUUCCAUAUGUUGUUUAAUUAUGUGAGAUAGUAAUGAGCUAGGUUUGAGCUGAGUUCCAUGGCUUAUGUUUGCUUAAGCCAGAUACUGUUUUAUUAAAUGUCAUUGCAGUAGUUAGAUCAGACUACAAUCAAAUGAAUUCUACGUGGUGGUAUUAAGACCUGUUCAGAAAUUGAUCUUGGUCCAGUUGAAGUAUUCUAGGAGGUUAGUAUUAAUGACAUGUACAUGUCCAGGAGGAGAUUAAGCUGUGAUAUGUAUACGUACAACAUUAUCAGACAGGUACAGUUUUCCCAAAUAAACUGUCAUAGCCUUCAUUUUACUUUCUGAUUUGUGAAUUUUUGGGGUGCGGUAAGGUGGGGGUGCUAACUGGUUAUGUACCAAAAAAAACUUUACUAGAAUCCUGUGUCUGAAUUGUUGCAGAGUUCAGAAAGGUUCAAAUCGACAGUAAUAUUAGCAUCUUCCUUUUUUCCUCAUUCAAUAUAGAGCCGGAGUUAAACUAAUGUAGAGACCUAAGCUCCAUAAUGCUUAGUGUACUGUGCAAGAGCUAUAGUUUUAAAUUCGUUUGGAAUAAGCAUAAAUAACACUGACCCCUCGUGACUGAUGGGCUACUGGAUGGUAACAUCUGAAAUCCAAUCAUACUCUACAGUGAAAUGAAUGUACAUUCUUGGGACUUUAGAAGCAUGAAUGAAAUCUAAAAGAAUCCUUUUAAAUACAUAAGGAUGGAGGAGAGAGCAAAUUAGCUCCACAGUGUAAUGUUGAAUGCCUUUGUUUAAUGCCACUUCUGUAAUUUGUUUUUGAUGCAACAAAAUUUUGCGUUGACAAGUAGUAAGUAACGUGUACUUGGAAGUUAGCGAAGCUGCAAGAAGAUCCAGUGAGGUAUUGGUUUCUGGUAAAGUGCUCAAUCCAAUGAAAACUCUGGAAAGAACCCAUCAGGGGAAUAUAUCUAGUUAGAAUCACCAGCAAGUGGAGUGUGAACUAUUUUUCUAUGCGAAUUGUAGGGUUUCUAUUUAGAAUGUAAAAACCUGCUGAAACUGUUAGAUCAGUUAGUUUCCUAGCCCUUUUAAUACCUGGUACUUCCAGAGCAGACAGUGGCCUCUGUUUAUGAAUUGUGCCUGUUUUCUGGAUUCUCUCUACCAGUUUCAGGGUCCAAUGGCAUGGUACGCUUGAUUUAGAAGUGUUCUAAGACCCGGCUUAGAGAAACGUGGCAAUAGAGCAUUCAAGACAAGUGCCAGCAGAAUCUGAAAAAAAAAAAUCCAAAAUGGAAGAACGUGUUGUAUAUAAAAGUGAUAUGUUUCUAGAAAAUGUUAUUCGACUGCCUACACUGCAAAUACCUGAAUUACUUGAUGAAUAAUGGUGAAAUCCUUGGUGAAUUACAAGACCCUGCUUGCAGUACCUUAUUAUUUUGCCAGACCUUUACUAUUCCAGCUAAUACCUUUCAUGCUGGUUGUCUGCUUCAGCCUGAAAUCUUCUGAGAAACUUGGAGUGAAAGUUGUUCAGCUAUUUCUCAGAAGAUAAUAAAAAUUUUAAAAAGGUUUUUUUCCAUCCCUUAAAUUCUCUAAACAGUUUGGCUGGAAAGCUUUAAUUCUUUCAUAGUUUGGAAAAAGGACUUGCAAUUUGGCAGACUUGUUACCUUUUGCAUCCUUAGAUAUGCUGCACUGCCUGUGAAAAUUUGUCCAAGUCUUUCCAAGUUUAAAUAAGGUUUCUCUAGGCCGUGCUGUGCUCAAGUUUGUCAGAUAAAUUUUCUAUAGCAACUCUUUGCUCCAAGUAAUCUUGGUUCUAAACUUGGUCAGCAGCAGCUAAUGAGACUUCCUUUACAACUGUUUUUCCCGUCCUCCAGAAGACGAUAAACAUCCUAGACCAGAGUCUGAGUAAAGUUGUCAGUAGGUCCUGGUGUUGCGUCACUUUGUGCCUCAGCCCAUGGUGAGCAGCAACCUGGAACACGAGUUUGAAGCUGAGCCUGGCAGUUACAUCAAGGUGGUGGUCAGAGAUGGUCAGGGAGGAACGCAUGGGAACAAAGAGCAAAAAAAGGAUGAGGACAGAAAGUCAGUGACUACAAAAGCCUGUUCCUCCAGUCCCCGAUUAUACCUUGGGCUUCCUAAGUAUCACUGUUCUUUUGCUGUUACUAAAGAGCCAUAAUGAGCAGGCACUAAACUGGUAACUUAAGUUCUUCCAAUGGUGAGGACUGCAACGUUUUGUUUCUUGCAUUAUACAUUUGUUUGCUUGAUGGUGAAAGGUCUGAUAUGGGAGUGGGAAAGUUUUAACUGUGUUCAACUGGAGGUCUUAGGGCUGAAAGAAAUGCUGUAAUGCAGGCUCUGUGAGGCAUCUACAGUGGGUACCAGUAUAGCUCCAUAACUUUAUUAUCCCCUUUUGCUUGGGGAGGGAAGAGGGAAAUGAUUCAGGAAGUCGCACACAACAAAAGACUAUAUCAAAGAAUGUUAAGGAUGAACAUUCAGUAAAAAAAGUUAGGAAGUAGGAAAUUUCAGAAUUGAAAUUGCCUGUGCAAGUAGUGUAUCAAGGAGUGAUACAUAGGCGCAUAACUUGGUUUUCUACCACUUCCCUGCCUGAUUCAGUGCACAGGAUACAGAGCAGUCUCCUAGUCAAUGAAGGUCUUCCAGGAGGGAUGUCACCUGUGUAAUCCUUACUCCUUUUGCAGCAUCAGUUGUACUCUGCACAGUGAGAAAGAAGGGCAUCGUGAGGAUUGAGUAAGGGUCUCCCUCAUCCUGCACAGAGGUGCUCAGAGAACCCUGUUCCUGCCUGUACUCAGGUUUUUCUCUGCAAUAUAAGCCACACAGAAUAAAUAAUUUGUAUGAAGAGUAUGCUCUCCAGUUUCUGUAAUCUGAAAAAUGAACUGGGCUUUCUCAGUUUGCAGACUUCCUGCUUUGAAUUGAGAAAAUGCUAUAAAAUGCGAAGUUUUCUGGAAAAAAAAAAAGAAGAAUUAAUUUCUUUAAGUAGGCCACAACAACUUAGAGGAUGGUUGUAAUGAAUCAACUGCCAAAGGGGAAUAAUAAACCCACCUCAUUUUGCUGGAAUGUUGUGAAUAUAAAGUCCUUGAAAUAAAUAUGUUUUCAGAUGUUGUGUUAUUAAGAUUUUUUUAAAAAAAAUGGUACCCUCCUAAGAAAAUUAAUACUUCUUCUUCAGAAUGAGGUGUGAAUAUUAUUUGGGAAAUAAGGGAUGGGGCCAUGUGUAGAGCAGUGAGGUAAAAUAAACCUCUAGAGGAAGUUCAGUCAAGUACUGUUCCUUCAGUGAACUGGAAGAGCAUUCCUAGAAAAAUCAAACAUGGUUGUGUAAUUAGAGCACAUUUUUAAUGUAUAUUUACAGACAAGCUGGAUUAGCCACAUGGAUUACCUUACUUUUGGCCUUUCCUAACUUUUGAGAUGCUGCUUUUGCAAUUUCCUUAAUUUCUCAGUGUAACAUAGUGCAAUGUAGUAGCUGGUAUACACAGAAACAUAAAUGAUGUAAUAUAAACAAGUAGUGUAACUCCAGUGUACUUCAGAGUCAUGCAGUUAGCAGCAGAGCUCAGGCACAAAUUGAGUUAAUUUCAAUACAUAUGACCUUUAGAUGCAGUAAAAGUCUUAAUUUUAUAACAUUGAAAGGCAUCUCCCAUACCCACUGACAGACUUGCUGCUUGGCACCUCUGUUUAAAACUAAGCACUUAAUUUGGUUCCACUUUGAAAUCAGGGGGAAUUUUUCUUGCCUGACUCCACUGGGAAGAAUAUCAAACUCUGCAAGUUGAAAUCGCAUCCCUCUAUCAGUCCAGUAGCAUUCAGUCCAGACUAUUCCCUUGCUUUGCUGAUUUACAAUUGAAUCUAAGCUAGAGACUUUUGAAGUUGCUUGUCAAAAAUCUUUUUCCUGUCAUUUUAAUAAGAAUCCACUCCUGCUGUUUAGGGAAUUUGGCAUUAUAAUUGGAAAUAAAGAAUCAGAAGGAAUAUGUGGAUUUUUUUAGUGUUUUUAGUUUUAAAAUUAAUUUCUAAGGAGGAUGAAAACGUUCUGUGAGAAGAUAAAGUCAGGAAUUUUCAGCUUUGUCUUUUUUGAUCUGUAUAAUUGACACAGCUAAGUUUUUAUUGACAAAAUAAUGCUGUACAUAAGGAACAUAAUGUAAAUACACAAAAAAUUAAAGAGCUAGUGGGGCAAUAUGAAGUAUUAUUUGUAGAGAAUUAGGGCCGCUGUUUCUCACAGUUGGUGCCAAUUCACCUCAUGCUAUUUUUUAAGACUUUCCUUUUGGGGGGAGGGGGGCGGAGAAAAGAAAGGCAGGAGUCAUUUCUUUCCUUGAAAAUAAAAGUAGUGAAAUAAUAUUAUAAGAGCAUCCCCCCCCUUCCCAUUUUUGAUCACUAGGUCUCAGGUAAGAGUUGUAGGAGACAUUUGAUUCCUUCUCUGACCUUGAGGAGUACUCAUCUGGCUCGCUGCCUUUCAGAAGGACACCAUACCCAUCACCAUCCCCCCAAUGCUUCUUCAGGUGACAAAGGGGGAGAGCCUUAAGUGCCAGUUUCAGUUUCUCAGGCAGUUUCUGAUCUACUUGCAAACACGCGAGCAAUAUUGCAACACAUCACUUGCAAAGUAAGAAAUGUCAGUGUCUUCCAGUUCCAUCCUUUCAGGGUUUGGUGGCUUUUGUUUUACUUCGCUCAGAGAAAGGUUGCAGACAGGAGAACCGUAUCUGAAAUUGAGGACCACGCUGGUGAUUCAAUUGCUGUGUCAAAUUUGUGAUGGUUUUUAUCUGUCAUGGGUUGGUAUCACUUCAUAAAAUUGUAAGAAAAAUAAGGAAGUGUUUUCAGAGCUCAAUGAGUUUCAGGAAUGCAAGCAAACACGAUCAGGAUCUGUAAAGUAAGCUGUAUUGGAGGGAAAGUCCCUACUGUCGGAGAGUUAUACCAGUUCUGUGUUGUGCCCAUGUGUAUCUGCAGUAUAGAAACAGAGUCUAUCCACUAGAUUGAUGCAUGCAAGACUGAAUGUGCUGAUGAAGGAUUGUUAGACAGUAAGGAAAGUCUGUCUACUGAAGCUCAAUUACCUUCGUCAGCGUCUUUAAUUUCAAAAAUUUAGCAUAUGCAUUUUCUUUUUAUCCUUUUCCCCUUCCCGCUGUCUCCUUCAGACUCUCCUGUGAAUAAGCACAGGCAGUUGCUCUCGGCUCAAGCUGUUCCAUAAGUAAUAUUCAUUCACAAGCUGUGUGCUGAAAGGCAGCUGGAUCUCUGCUUUGGUUAUGGUAAACAAAGUGUCAGGGUGUCCUUAAGCUGAAUUUUGAGCAGCAAGAAAGUCAGAUGGAAAACUGCAGUGGUGGUGAUAUAUGUUAAACCCUGAAUAAAAAUGUGGCUGAUGCAUCACCCUGCAGAGGUGAGCGACUCCCGUUCUGCCUGUAUUUUCCUCCAGGUGGUCACAAGCAAUGCCACUUCAUCCUUACAGUGUCCCAAAUAGGUAAUUUUCCAGGCUUAGCUGUCCAUUCCCCUGCAGCACACACAGUGAUGAAGAAGCGUGCUGCAGUUAAGAACUGAUUGCUCACACUUCGAACAGGAAAUGUUAAGGAAUGUGUUUGGCCAAGAGAGUUGAGCAAUAUGCAACCCUUUGCCUGGGGGCGGGGAAGAAAAAAAUUCAAUUGCACACAGUAGUAACCAGAUAAAGGACAGACUCUGCACCUUGGAGUAUUGCUCAGUGUACCAAUGUGGUUAGAAAGGACUGGCUGGAACUUGUUCAGGCAGGAGGACGGGAAGGAAAGAGGAAGCAAUUGUCUAUUUCCUUGCAGUUCAAGCACAGACUGGGGACCCAUGUGCUGACAGCCAGGAAGGGAACCUGGAUGAUGCUGCAGGUUUCCCUUUGGGUCAUUCUCAGAUCAUGAGUGCCCAUCCAGAAGAUAAAGUAUUGCACAGAAGGCAUUUGUGGAUGCUUUACCUUUAAAAUCCGUUAUUGCUUGGUGUACAAUACAGGAGCAGCCUGUGUUCUCCCUAUAGGUUUUAGCCUUAAACAGUUGUCUGCUUGGACAGUCUGGAAAUUUGUCCAAAUUAGACCUAAAGUAAAUUAGCCUUGUGUUCCUGUACUCAUUCAGAAUUCAUGUUAUUUCCAUUUAGUUUAAUUUACCCAGCCAAUGAAUUAAAGCAAAUCAAAUUAUGUUUACUUUAAUUCUGAGCAAGAAUGUGCAGUGUUUGCAAGGGGAGUUAUGCCGCUCUAGUAACCUAAAUUCCUAUACCUAACUGACAUAAAAAUGAGUCUGAAAAUUCCAGCACUGAAAAGCCACCAAAGAAUUUGUUAUGUGUUCUGGGAUUCAUACAAAAUCUGAACACUUUUUUUCUGACUAAACUGCAACUGCGGGCCAAUAUUGCUCUAGCCCAAGUUGGAGUCUGAUAGGAGAUGUAGCUGCAUAUCUACAGGAAACUCCAAAACAGAAAACGCAAGGCUGGGAGGAAAAAUAUAGUUAUCACUCAUUACAUGUUGUUCAAGCCUUUAUGGACCUCAACACUGCUGUGAAUGUACUACUUCAUGUGCAAGGCAUGACGUGGGUUCUGCCAUUCCCACAAACGUGCCAUAAUUCUGCUAACAAGCCUAUGCUGAACCACAUUCCCACACAGCUGUCACCAUCCCCACUGCCUGGAGGUGGAACAAACCUAACAAAGAAAAACAAGCGAAAAUGGGUGGGAAGAGGUAAGCUGGUAUGUAGGGUCUGUGGUCUGCAGCAACCAGCAAAGUGAGCGAUGUGUUUGUGGGUAGGAGUGACUCAAAUUUUUGUUUAUUAUUGGAGCAUCAAGCAUGUUCUGUCUGAAGCAACUCUAUAUUUCUCUAUAAAUUUACCAUACGUGUAUUUUUUUCUGCAUUCACUUUUUACUCCGUUUUGGCAGGCUAUGUUCUCAGAACUUGCAUUAAACAUUCAUGAAACCUUUUGUCAAGAUUUUACCUGUUGAACAAUUUUCUUGUCUCUUGUGAACAAUUGUCACUGAGGUAUUGUUCUGUGGUGUAUUUGAACUCUUUCUUGGCUCAUUUUUAAUUCCAACUCAAACGUCUGCAUUUUGAAAGUAAUCUGACAAGGAGGAGAACAUAUGCUCUAUCAGAAAUAAGGGACAUAACGUGGUUAUAUUUUUUCCCUAUCUGAAGGCUGUAACAAACACCAAGGAGCCCAAAGCAGAGGUGCAUCCCAGUGAAGCCAAUACACAAGCUGCUGCUGUAAGAUGCUGAACAGGGGUUUUGGGACCACAUUGAAGGAGGCACUUUGGUACCUAAUUCCCAAAUCAUGUACUUCAAACACCUUCAUCAUCCACUGCUCAAUCCUGAAAGCACCUAAUUCCUUAACUGUCCUUAGCUAUCCUUUCAGGUUUUAAUUCUUGGGGCUGUUUCAGGUGCACUUCACACCUCCCUCAGGUUCCUCAAGUCUUUGUAGGGUCAAGCAGGUCAUUAUUUAACAUACAUCUAAAGUUCAUCAGCACAGAUUAGGUGUUCCUCUGCCUGAGUUUCUUAGAGUUGUGAUGGGUGUGCCAUCUGAGAGAAAAUAAGAUAUAGAUUAAAGGCUGCUUAAGUGCCUGGACAGUGAACUCUGACACACCUUUUUUUAAGCAUCUAGUCCCUGAGUGCAGUGCUCAGGGAAACUCUAAAGUGGAUUCAAUUUCCUAUGACUGACCUUGCAGUUUUUCCUCUGGGAAUAUAGUUCUUGGCUUCCGAGGGAUGAGUCUGAAGACAGACAUGCCAAAGGGUGAGAUCUGACACGUACCAGCUGACCCUAGGGUUUCUGUCUGGGAAAUUCGAAAUACGAGGUGCAUUUGAACUUAUGCUCAGCUAGAAAUGCUAGUUAUUUGUUUUGCUUUAAACUGGGUAUGACAGAAGACAGAAAUAACCUGAGAAAGGUGGCAAGACUUCUUCCUUCUCAGGAGGUGACCUGGUCAACAGGGAGAACAUGAAUGGUAACACAUCAGGAUGUGAGUGUGCAAGCUGUGCAGACCCAGGGGAGCCCUUCUAGCUUCAAGUAUCCGAGGUGGAUAUAAAGAUGGUCUAGGAAGAUAUAAAAUUCAAAUGCACUAUUUGUCAUCUUGGUCACUGAUAUUAGGAAGAACAUACAACAUACAUAAAAUACUGUUCUCUAUACAUUUUUUCUGCUGCCACCACUCACUGGUGGGGAAAAGAAAUUCAUAGACUGAACAAAUCUUUAGGACUUUAGGUGGUUUACUGGCUAGCAGGUCACAACCGUUAGCAAAUGAGUCUGGAUUAGUGUAAAAUGCAGAUUGCAGCAGCAGCCUGAUGUGUAUUUUUAAGAUGGUAGAGGGUUAAUUAUCAGUAUAUUUUAAGAUGGACUCUAUCCCUGUGUCAGAGCUUGGUGAUCCAGCUGUCUCUGAGCGACUUGCUGUGCCUGGUUUCUGGAAAAGCUCUUUUGUCCUCUCAGCAGCUGGUAGCAUCUCUGGUUUAAGGCUGGAAGAAAACAAAUGAUAGGGACACAUUUGCUCAGCUCUUGAGCACAUUUAUUUAGCAACAUAUGUCAUGACAGUGGCAUCGUUCACUAAAAUGAAAAUAUCCAGUUCAUGUUGACAGCAGGAUUUGCCAGCCACGGUUUGUUGGAUAUUUUUUGCCCAUGCUGCCAGUAGGCAGCAGAUGCUUACGUUUUUAUUAGUGACAACUCCCUGGAAAAAAAAAAGAGACAAAAGGGCUUCAAUGGGAUGAUAAUGUGCUGAAUGGUCUCCUCACUCAGAUGGUAAUUUCUUGUCUCAAGACAGAAAUUUUCUACAGAUCAGGCAACAUAUAAGUAGGCCUAUAGCCUUAUUCAGUGCUGAAAUUUUUAGGUCAUUUUAUUAUUCUUUUCUGCUAAUUGGCUUGUGACUGGCAGACUUUGAAGUAGUGUGUUUUUUCUCCUAUCAUACAAGCUGGAAAAGUGCCCAGAGCAUAUUAGCUCGUCAGUCAGCCAAUUGUACCUGCUGCUCACUGUCUGCUGCUGCUAAAUAUAUGCUAAUGAUGCUAUCUGAAUCUUGGGAGGAUCGGGAUGAAUUUGUAAAUUGUGCUUGUGCCAGGAAAAUGAAUGCUACUUACAAAGAUGACAAAGAAAGCAGCUGUUUUUAGAUGAGAUGAAUCACUACAUUACAUAUUACUCUGGGGUAAUAAAUUAUAUUUUCUUUCUUGGAUUCAUUUUUUUGUACCAUCUCAUUGUAUGGCAACUAUAUAGCAUGUAAGAAACCUUUCAAAGCCUUCUGAGAUGGAAUGAAGAGGCAAUCAGAUUUAUUAUUUUUAAUAGACUUGUUUAAUUGCUUACAAUUCUGUUGUAAUGUGGGGGUUUUAGAGGUCUUUUCAUAUAUUGCAUCCUAAUUAGAAAACUGCAGCUGUUAAAUAUUUUAGGAGUGUUAUUUCCAUUCUUCUUGUCAUUAACUACAAGGGUCUCUGCAGCAAUAGUGAGCGACGUUCUCAGCAUGUCUGAAAUGCUUAUGUAAAAAAAUACAUCCAAAACAAUUGAAUAUAAUGAGACCAAAUCAAGUUAAUUUGAAUUCCAGUGUGAUGCAAAAUAAUGCAGCCUCUGUUAAAUAUGUUUGGUAUGAAAGAACAUUUUAAGCUAAUUGUAAGUACAGCGGGAGUUUCAAAUUGUUUCAACGUUUUUGAAAGAUGACUGAGACAUGCAAACAACUGGCUGAAAACUUAGGUACUGCAUAAGACAAAAAGGCAUAUAGGAACUGGACUGAGGAGUAGAGGUGGGAAUUAUUUUGGGAAGCAUUGCUGUUCCUCUUUCUUUGAUAAUUUUGUGGCACUGGGACGGGCAAUGCCCUUCCAAAGUGUUUUGUUUUUUUUUCCCCACACUAUCCUAUCCUCCAAAACUAAAACAGAAGAAAGAGAAGAGGUGAAAAGACUCAGUCAGGGACGCAGAGCAGGUAUUUUGUCUGUCCCUCUGUGAAGUCGGUGAUGGGCAUCCCGGGGUGUGGACGCUGCUCUCCCUUUGCCUGGCCACCAAGCUCAGCAGCUCCAAUGCCCAGCAGUGCCACAGGCUGGGCUAGGAGGUAGAUUCUGGGCUGUGGGAACUCCUGGGGGAGUCUGCAAAUGAACCCCUAAACCCAGAGCUGGUGAAUUGCCAGGAGCUGGGCAGCUCUAAUUUUCAAGCCCUGUUCCCAUGAAGUGUCCAAAACGUGCUGGACUAGGCAAACUGAUUAGAUGACCUUGUAAAAAUAGUUUUCUCCUAAGUCUGAAUUCUUUCUGAAUAAGUCAUAAAUUUUUCUUUCAUACAGUAAACCACUGGAAUGAGAAACUUUUUUAUUCGUCCUUGCUAGAGAUGAAACAAUGUGAAAGGAUGUUAAAAUAUUUAUAUUUAGCCACAAAAAAAUACUUAUCCAAAAAACAAUGGCCUAAAAUACAUGCUGGAGAUAUGACUGAGAAACGCAAAGAACAUGUUAAGAAGUAAACUUAGGACACCAGGUUCUGCACUAGUGUUGCAGCUUCCCAAGUAUCCCAGACCAUGAGAGCACCAUGACAACUUAUAGUCAUCUUAGCCUAAGGUCUUUCUGUCUGUAGGAGCUGUGCCUGACCUGUUAAAGGCACAGCACUAACAUUCACCACACGCAUUUUAGUACAACCCAGAAGCUGAACAAGAAAAAUGCAAUCUUUCUCCAUUCUCACAAACACAUCGCUGCUAAAAGAUGAAUUGUUUUGAGUGCUGGAUGGAUGUUUUGCUAUUAGAGAGCAAUUAUGGCAACACAAGUAUCUCCAGAGACAAAAAUAUUUUACUGUGUAACCCUGAAGCCCUGCAGACUAGUAUUGAUAUCUAGCAAGAGGCCAUGAGCUCUGCCCUGAAUUUGCAAGGCUUUAGUACUGAAGCUUAUCAGGUGUGCUCUGUCUCAACUGCUCGCAGCUCUGUUUUACUUUGUUAAGCUGUGACAGCUGAUUUUUCUAAUUGAUGAGGCAUCUACGGCUCAUUUCUUCUGCUUUUGCUUAUCCUUGCAUGGUACAACCAUUGCUUUAUAUAGCUGGCAGUAGCAAGAAGCGAUGCUAUGUUGAAUUAGGUGUUUAAGACAAUUACACAGUGAUGCAGGUUAGAAAAAUACCGCAGCAGAGGACUUGAGAAAAGUAGAUACAGGGUGCAGUGCUGAGCUGUACAGGGAUGGGGUGAUAAGAGAGAGACAAAGGCUUGGCACUGGAUACAACUCAUCAGGGGCCAGAUUUAGAUAUAAGACCCAGACCUGGACAGAACUGGUUUUAAGGAUAACAAAAAGAACAAAGAAA